AUGGCACCAUCCACAGCACAGAAUAAUGACGAUCCUGCAUACCUCCGCUGGCAAAUAGCAAAGCUGGAUGACUUAAACGAUUCAUUGUUAGAAAUGAAUGCGAAAAGGGCAAUACAAAUGCAGGCUCUUGAGGCAGAUAAAGAGACUCUCAAGGCAGAUUUAGAAACUGCCAACGCCGAAAUCCGGGACCUGCGUAAACAGAGUGAGGACAGUGACGCUGAAAAGAAAAAACUUUUUGACGAAACCAUGGACCUCACCUCAAAACUCAUGGAUUGUCACUUACAGCACAGCCGUGAUACAGAGGUACUGGAGAAGAAGCUCAGCAACAGCCACGACAGUAUGACUGCACUGAAGAAGCAGCAUGAGUCUGAUCUCCUUAGAGUGAGAGCGGACUGGGAGGGGAAGUUAGCUGAAGAGCAGGCCAAGUGGGAGACAGAGGUCGCGCAAGAGAGAAGAAAAGAUGCCGCGACACACGCUGAUGAGGUGACAGAAAUUCAUCAUAGCUAUGUCACUCAAAUGACUGACUACAAAGAACAACUGGCUAGUCUACAAGGUAAGCUUCAAGAACGACGCCAGUAUUUUACCAGUGCACUGACAGCAGCAAAAAUCAGGUUUGAAGAUGAACUUAAUGACCUGAAGGAAAAAAAUUGGGAGUUAAAGAGGACUGUCUAUGCUCAAAAGCAUUUUAAAGAGGACGUUCUUAAGUUGAGGGAGACUGUCAAAGAAAAAGACGAAAUAAUUGAGACGAAAGAAAAGCUCAUAGGUAAGUUCAGAGAGGACAGACAAAAUUUAUUGAAAGACUGGCAGUUGGCAAGAGACAAUAAGGCUGCUGCUGAGGCUUCACUGAAGAAUCUGAAAACGAGCCACGCAGAUCUCCAGUCGACAUUAAAGGCUACACAGUCUGAAUUGAGCCGGUCAAAAACUUGGCAAGAGAAAGCCGGCGCAGAGCUGCUGGAGUUAGUAGAUGCCAAAAAAAGCCUGUUGGAUCAAAGUAACAAAUUAACAUCACAAGUGUCUGAGCAGAAGAAAAAGAUCAGCAAACUGGAAUCCACUCAGCACCGUUUCAAGACAGAUCUGGAGGCCUGCAGCUCUUCAAUGUCAGAUUUUAAGUCAUUAAAAUCUAAAUACGUUGAGCUUUGCAGACGCUACCUUCACAAUUACAGGCCUUGUGAAGUGAAGUUGGAUCUGGACCUUGAGGACGAGCUGCGAGAGAAGAUUGCCUGUGCUGAUAGGAAGCUCAGCUCUUACCAAAAUACCAUCAAGAAUGGCCUCAAGGAUGUUAAAUAUUACCAAGAUCUGUUUGACAAAAAUCUCAUUGUGACUCAAGUUUAUGUCGACAAGGUCCAUAAAUUAGAGAAGGAGAAUAACAGUUUGAGAAAUGAUCUUAGACACACUCAACUGCUCCUUCAGAAGGCAACAAAGCCAGUGCAGCAGAGGGUAAAAUCCUGGAUUAAUAAAAAAAUCCUGGGAAGGGUACCUGUUGCCCCAGAGGCUGCAGAGGAACCACCAGCCCACUACCCAGACGACUGGCAGCCUUCAGACCUCCUAGAUGACAAUAUUGUACCAUCUGUGCAACCCUGUCCGAGCGAACCAUCAGCAUCCUCGGAGCCAGAUCCUCUGGAUGGUGUCAUUGUGGUGAAGCCGUAUGUGGUAGAAGAUCUCCCACCAGUUGACGAGUAA